AGGACUGAGUGAAAAUGGCAGAGGGAUCCAGAGACCAGGGAGGCGUGGGUACAACUGAUCCAGAGGAGGACUCCCCCAAUAUGAUUGUCUACCGAAAGAUUGAAGCCAUCGUUACACGAAUACAAGAUGAGAAAGCAGGAGGUGUAGCCAUCCGGACCGUAAAAAGCUUCCUCUCCAAGAUCCCCAGCGUGGUGUCAGGGGCAGACAUUGUUCAGUGGCUGAUGAAAAACCUCUCCAUUGAGGAUCCAGCUGAAGCCAUCCACCUUGGGAGUCUGAUUGCUGCCCAUGGCUACAUCUUUCCCAUCUCUGACCACGUCCUGACACUUAAAGAUGAUGGAACCCUUUAUCGCUUUCAGUCUCCAUAUUUCUGGCCUUCAAACUGUUGGGAGCCCGAGAACACAGACUAUGCCAUUUACCUGUGCAAGCGCACCAUGCAGAAUAAGGCCAGGCUUGAGCUAGCUGACUAUGAGGCUGAGAACCUCGCGCGGCUGCAGCGGGCAUUUGCCAGGAAGUGGGAAUUUAUCUUCAUGCAAGCCGAGGCUCAAGUCAAGAUCGACAGAAAGAAGGACAAAGCAGAGAGGAAGAUCCUGGACAGCCAGGAGAGAGCAUUCUGGGAUGUCCAUCGGCCAGUGCCAGGCUGUGUCAACACCACAGAGAUGGACAUCCGCAAGUGCCGAAGAGAGAAGAACCCACACAGGGUAAAAAAGUCAGUCUAUGGGGUACCAGAAGAUGGCCAGAGCCAGCCGAGUCCCAGCCACAUCAGUUCCCAGCCAACCAGGAAGCCCACCAAAGAGGAUGUUCAGAAGGAGAUUACCUUCUUGAACAUCCAGCUAGACAGGCACUGUAUGAAGGUUUCCAAAGUGGCUGACAGUCUGAUGAGCUAUACUGAGCAGUUUAUGGAAUAUGACCCCUUCGUGUCAGCCACAGAGCCCUCCAACCCCUGGAUCAGUGAUGACACUUCCUUCUGGGACUUGGAGGCAAGUCGUGACCCCAGCCAGCAGCGUGUGAAGAAAUGGGGCUUCUCUCUAGAGGAGGCGCUGAGAGAUCCAGCAGGGCGAGACCAAUUCCUGAAGUUCCUGGAGUCAGAGUUCAGCUCAGAAAACCUGCGGUUCUGGUUAGCAGUGCAGGAUUUGAAGCGACGGCCACUCCAGGAAGUAGCCUCCAGGGCGCAGGAGAUCUGGCAGGAGUUUCUGGCUGAGGGAGCACCAAGCUCCAUCAACCUGGACUCUCACAGCUACGAGCGCACCAGCCAGAACCUCAAAGACCCUGGACGAUACAGCUAUGAGGACGCUCAGGAGCACAUCUUCAAGCUAAUGAAAAGUGACAGCUAUGCACGCUUUUUGCGAUCCAACAUCUACCAAGACCUCCUCUUAGCCAGAAAGAAGCAGCCAGCAGACACUGAACAGGGCCGCCGCACCUCCUUGGAGAAGUUCACCCGCAGUGUGGGCAAGUCAUUGACGGGAAAGCGCCUGACAGGCCUGAUGCAGUCAUCCUGACACAGCCUGUGUUGGAGGGGCACAGCCAGACCCUUUUGGGGGGGUGACCGCCACACAGGGGACGGGUCCGGGGCACAGGCAGUGGAGCCGGGCUGGACGGGGCUGCUGUGGAGGCUCUCAGACACUGCUCCGACGACUGCUGCUGCCAUACUGGUAGUGCAGCACUGGGUCUGCUGAGGUGAACUCCCCAACCAGAACCACUGAGGAAAAAGACAAUGCUGACAAGGGGAACCUCAGCUGACACAACACAUGGCAUGCAGCAUACAGUAUAAGCACAUCCAGACUAGGGCUGCCCUCUCUUCAUCACUUAGUCGGCAAACUGCUCUUUGUUGACUAAGCUGAUCACCUUAUAUUGUGUUCAUUUUGUUUUAUAUAAAGGUUUAAUGGAUGUCAAUAGCACAUAUCUGGUAUUGUAACGAUAUUCUUUUGUUAAAAAAAACACUUACAUUUGCCACAAUAUUUACAAUGAAUGACUUUUGGUUUAGCUGUCCUAAAACAGCUGGGACCAGUCCUAUCUCAGAUGUAUUAAAUACAAGGUGAAACAUCACAGACACAAAUCUACAAGACUUUGCAUAUGUCUCUGUACUCACAAGGCAGCCAGCAAUAAAUAAAGCCUGAAACCACUUUCUUUUUGUUUUUAGAAAUAUAUGUAAUCUCUUUUUAUAUCCUUGAAAAUUAUAUACGUUCCUUAUAAAGCACAUGUCGGUCAACUGGUGAACAUAAUUUUGGCAGUAAUCAGGAAAAGUUGUUUUAAUCCCCACAGGUUUUAUUUUAUGACAUCGACAAAAUGGAUUUAUAGCUUUUCCAUGCUUCAUUACAUUCCAAAAUCUGGCAUAAGGGCUUAAUGUAGCACUCACACUGCACCAUCGCAUGUGUCAUCCAAAUGUCUAUGUUAAGAUUUCCACAACAGUGUUUUGUAAUGAAUCAAUCAAACUUAAUUUAUAUAGCACCUUUCAAACAAAUCAAAUGCAAUUCAAAGUGCUUUACAAGCAACUGACAACGUGUGCAAAUGGAUUUGGAGACUAAUAAACACCAUACAUGAUCAAAGAUAAUGCAAGCAAUAAAAAGUAAAAAUAAAAUUGUAAAAAACAGCACUAAAUGUAUUAUAGCAAAUAGGUACAAUGUUUCUAAAACAAAACAGAAUAAAAUAAAUUAUGAUGCUGAUAAUAAAUAAGUUUAAAUAAUAAAACCCUAAACUCAUAAAACACUACACAAAAGCCAGACUAAAUGAAUGGGUUUUUAAUUUACAUUUUGAAAUGACAAUAUUCUGAGCUCCUCUCGGGUCCUGUGGAAGGCUGUUCCUGCAGUUUGGAGCACAGAAGCUGAAAGCAACAUCACCAGAUGUUUUUGUUUUGCUUUGAGGAACAACUAAAUUAGUAGAACUGAAGGAUCUGAGGGACCCUACUUAAGUAUUUCUGAGAUGUAGUCUGGCCAAAGGUCAUGUGGUGCCUUAUAAACUUAUUAAAGAAUUUUGAAACCAAUAUGAAAACUAACAGAUAACCAGUAUAAAGACUUUAAAACAGGCGUAAUAUGUGCUCUCUUUACUGCGGCAGAAUUUUGAAUUAAUUGUAGCUGAUUUGCUGUACUCUUUGGUAGAUCAGAGAGGAGAGUGUUUAUAGUCUGGCCUGUGUCAGUUUCUUUGUGUUGCUCAGACAGGGAAUGAACAUAGAUGAAUUUAAUUCAGUUGGAAAAUGAGUUCACUGCUUUCACAACUUCCCAAGGCUUCAAGUUCAGGCUGCAUGCUCAAAUUAAAAUCUGAGAGAAUAACUGGGAAGCUUCAAACAAUGGGUCACAUGGUUGUGUGGAUCAGUGAUCUGAGGCUUCACUUCAGUCAUAGCGCUAGUGUGCACAGUCACAUAUGAUAUAGUUUCUAAAUGCUUUUCGGGUUCCUGCUCUGUUGUCAUUUUCAAAGUUUCUGGUGCCAUGGGUCCAUCUAGUGGUGGUUAAACUACAGGACCAAGCAAGAGAGUGUUACAAGACUGCUGUGUUAAGCUGUGUUCAUGAUGUCAAAACUGGUUGUUCUCUGGUCAUGGGGACAUUUCAAGGCUUGCAGCACAAUAUGGGAUCAUUUAUGUUGUGUUGUGUUGUUUUUUGUUUUGUUUUUUUACUGCAUGAAUAGAUCAUCUUUUGUUUUCUCAAAGACACCUGCCCACUUUUGUUUGACAAAAUGUACGCCAUGUCUCUCCAUGUAUUAAUUGUCAUGUGUUUUGAUAACUGUGGGCAAAAUGGUGCAUGUUAUUGGACCACAAUGGAGUGUUAGCUUUCAGGAGAGGUAUGUUGACUCCUCAAAGGCAGCACAUGGAUAGGAGGAAAAGGCCCUGAACUGGAGCAACAUUCCUCAGUGGACGGACAUCAAAGCCCUGAAAUUCAACUGGGAACAAUAUUUGAGCCGUCAUGGACGCCACACACAGAACAUUCAGCCUUCUGCGCUCCUCUGUAGCCUCAAACUUCUUCUGCAUACAGAAAGUGCUUGGACUGAGGAGAUUUUAGUCUCACAGCUCCCCCUCGAGGCCAUUGACUACUACAGUUACAAACUUAGCUGCUGAAUGAGUCAGUCAUCUAUUAUUUUCUAUUAGAAUCAUUGCAAUGCACUGUACAGGUCAUAUUUAUAAUCAUCAAUAUUAUCAUCAUAAACCAAUAACCUCUUGAUUGUAAGGUAGAGAGAGAUGCUUAACUUGAGACAAUGUACCAAAUGUUGUUCUCAGACAAACACAAUGACACUAUGUACAGGGUUCAUUGUCAGUGUAAAUUGGCUAAUUUUCAUUAUCCAGAAGCACACUUUAUUAUGAUAUGGGCACAUUACUAUGCAUGUAACAUAUUCAGGGCAUUUUGUGCUUAUAGUUUCUCAAUCAGCAAGAUAACUACUGGCACUCCAAAACACUCAAGCACCUGCUAUCUAUUCAUGGGUACCAAAUAAUAAAACCUCUGGACCUGUCUGCUCUGUGUCUCUCUUUGCUUGGUGUUUGCUGUCAUGAAACAAAAGAAGUCAGAUGCAUCUCCUCUGUCCAGUUAAUGCAGACUGGCCGCAGGCA